AAAUAGUAAUACAUAAAUCAUGAAGAGGUCGGCUGCUCCGUCUGUUCUGGGUUCUGCUAGUAAAAGGGCGACUUUCUCUACUCCUUGGUCUACCAAAUGCAAUAAAAUAUCAUCUGAUGACACUGAUAAGGAGACUGGAGGGGUUGUGAAAGAAGGAGGACACAGCAAUGUAUUACAGAGUGCUCUUCUCUCAUUACGUCAACGAACAGACCACACCCCCUCAUUAGAGCAACCAACCAACAAACAAAGUAUCCUCGUUAAGCCAACUAGCAGUGACAUUGCUCUCAGUACAGAAACUGCUUCCUCUACCACUUCUACUGCUGCUACUUCUGUCACUUCUUUUUCCCCUCUCCCCUCCUCCUCCUCCUCCUCUUCCAAUAAAGUGACUCAUAAGUUUACUGUGCCCUCUGUGUCAUCAUCAUUUGUGUCUCCAUUAACAAGUACUUCAACUCCAUUAGUUAAUACAGCUCAGUCUUCGUCUACUGAUAAUGUGACCAGUCAUUAUUAUAAAGUUAUGUG